GAAGUAACGCCAACACGCCAAAGUCGUUCUCUUCACUGGAGUGAACUUUCGUUUCUCAACUGUCCGUCUGCCGUUGCGUUGUUUUUUCACCUUAUGGAGACAUUUCGAGCCAGAACUUUUUCGGGAUCUGGCGAUGAUGUGUAUGAAAUCGAGAAUGGAACUGAGCGAUCUGGGCGAACUGUCUUGAAUGAACAUAUAAGUCGUUUUAAUGGACUCGAUAGUGAUACUUUGGACAAUCGAUCUCCGAAAUCCGCCGAUCAGGACAGCGACGAACAUUCAAUACACAAAAAGAAUCCCAAAGACUACAGCUAUCUCUACACAUAUUUAUCCACCACAUUGUUUGUUAUUGUCUUAAUCGUAGAGAACAUUUUUCAGUUCAGAUUGUUCAUAGAUUCAAACGCCUCUAUAUCCUUCUACUGGUUAGAAAGUUGUGUGAUUGCUCUAUUCUUCAGAUUUUGGGGACGAAGGCGCAUACGUAGGUUAGUAUAAACGCAAAAUUUUACUAUCUAUGUAAAAUCACUACCUAGUAAAAGUUAUGGGGCACUUGAAAAACCCCGACCAUUUGUGGGAAUGGUUAAAGAACGAAGCAAAGGGAAUCGAGUCACUCUUUAUUCUUGAUGGAUAUUUAACAAUCGAAUCGAGGUGAAUAGUGGUUAAAUAUUUACCGAGCUACGAAGUGGCGAGGUAAAUAUUCCUAAAGCCACUAUUCACCGAGAUUGAAAAGAAUAAUAAUUGUUUUAGUAUAUACACACGAAGUGAUCUCAACAAAAUCAGAGAGAAAACCCUUAAAAAGUACGAUUUGAUUGACAGAUCAGGUCAGCUAGACACAGUUUUAAAAUAGAUCUUUGUAGAAUUUUCAAACAUGGCAAUUCACAAGCUUAUCACUUUGCAAACAACAGCGUAAUGACUUAAAUGGACCCGCUAAAAGUUUGAAUUGUUUCCUUACCUGAGAAGAAAAGAAGAGCCUUGUUGUUUUCUGUUGACUCGCCAAGAAUAUAGCUGAAAAGGUUUGUUUUGUCGUUCUUCGCAUGAAGUUCUGACAAAAAUGGCGAUUCGGCUCCUAGAGGCAAGAUAUCGUCUUCAUGUAGCAUUCUUUCUCGUGUUUACUUGAAACGUAGAAUUUCUGGAAACAUUUGCUUUCAAAUUUGUUAGCACUAAAUAAACUUCGUUUUUGGGCCAAAUUUUUCUUGUUAGGAAAUGCUGAGUUCAUGAAACGGCCUCUUCUAGGCGAAUAAACGGGAGUUGUAAACAAUCCAUCUACCACAAAACUCAACAACAGUAAAUGGAAAAACGCCGUUUUGAAUCCUUCGAAGUCUUUUCUUGCCUGAAAAAAAGUCAGCCCUAGGAUUUUGUCAACUUUUAAAAGAUCUUUCUCUAACAAAAUGGGAAAAAAACCGAGCUCACACAUUAUCCGUUCUCCAGGAGGUGAAUAUUGUUGAAUAGUCCGAGAUAGCGAGCCAAUCAGAUUGCUUAAAUUGCCAAGAUCACUGAGUUUGUAUAUGCUAAUGUCUGUUAAAAGGGCCUGUGGUAUUAUUGUACACAGUCUCACGUGAUGCACUUUCCUUCUGCUAUUCCCGGGGUAACUACCCUGGGGAAUUCCUAGGUACUAGCUGUGACAUUACUAACAGCUGCCCUUACAAAAAUAUCAUUUUUAACAACUAAAACUGCAGCAUUGGAGGAGUUCAAUAUUGUUUAAAACAAUAGGGUCGUAUAUUAAAUUUUAUUUUUGCUGGAAAAAACAACACACAGUAGAACCUGGGUAACUCAAACUCUGAAGGGAAACUGAAAACAGUUUGAGUUACUCGGGGUUUGAGCUAUCAGCGUCAAUUGAAUAUUCAAUUUGCCUCUUAAAUACUGGCAAUAUUGAUAGUUUCAGCAUUUCCGUGUGUAUAGUAAGGGGCAAAUUAUUUACUUUUUUCAUAAAAAAUGGUGACAUGAUUGUGCAUUUUUUAUUUUACGAUAAAAUGUGGUAUGUUCAUUGCACCAAUUAAAAUAAUAUUGCUGAAGAGUUAGUUUUAGUGUUUUCACUGAUAUUACAUUCAUUCAUUCAUUUUUAUUGUAAAUAUGAAUAAACCAAUAAAAAUGAAUGAAUGAAUGAGUGAGAGUGUUAUGGUAAAUUAUGUUUGGUUAUUAAGCUCUGUGUGUGGGAAAACUUGCAAGAAUUUCUUCAUGCCCCAGCUCAAAGCUUAAGAUGUUCAGUGUUGAGCUUGACCCUGCCUGUUUAAUUAAACAUGUUUUACUGUGUUUUACCAGAGACAGUUGUUGCCCUUUCCAGGAGAUCCUUGAACAAGCAUGCAAGCAAACAAACAAAAAAAAAAAUGCUCUCCUCCCAGCCUUAUUGCAAUGGCAUUGAGGUUCAGUUUUCCUUUUUUGGGCUGGAAAAUUCUAAGCUGUAAAGCUGCAAGGGUUCAUUAAAAGGUGAAUUAGGCAGCUGUGUUUGGAUAGAGUAACCAACUGUAUCAACUAGGUUUGAAUGAAUCCUCCUUUGAUUUCUUUAAUUUAGUGAAGAAAAAGGAGUUUAGUUUUGGAUCAAUCUACUCAAAGCUUUUUGUUGGCAGUUGUGGCUUAUUUUUGUUGUGAGUGCUUGUUCCAUACCCCAGUGUUGCAUUGCAAGUCAUAAUAAUUGCUCAUUCCCCACCCACCUACCCUAAAAAAGUCAGUAUUCAGCAUCAAUUAAUGUUGAACGACAGAAGUGCGGAGAUGAGAAAAAAAAACUUGGUCGCCAGUUGGGGCCCUUAUCAAAAAGUUAAUCUUGGACCCUGCAUUUCUCAAAAGGCCCAGCACUUUUUUGGGCCUAGAAAGCUGUUUUACAUGUAAUACAUAAUGUAUCUUUGCUGUUACCGGUACUAUGCAUUCAAGAUCAAAGUUUCAAUAAUUUUGCAAACGAUACAACAAAACAAUUUACUAUCAGUUAGGGAAGAAAAAUAGAGUGGUUUGUGUGGUAGGAACUGUGAUACUUACGGAUCCUUUGUUGAGAAGUUGUGAUGCAAAAAUUGAGAGCUUAAUGCCUUGUGUUUCAGCAAAAUUUGACAAUUACUUUUACUGUUAAGCUACAGUGGUGGUCUGUCUCUUAAGGGAGGGGGGGGGGGAAUGUUACGGGCCCGCAGUAAUUGGCGGUGACCCUGCCAAUAAUUGGCGAAUCUAAUAAAAAAUAAUAAAUAAAAUAAAGUAAGUAUUUCAAGUUCUCUCACUAAAAGAAUCAUUGCUAAGGAUGGCAUAAGGAGGGAGAAGUAGAAGGUUAAGAAAAGUAACUGAAGAAUAAUUUACAUGAGCUUGCAGGGCAUUGUACACCUCCUAUAACUUGUUGUUUUUCAUUUUAGUUUCAGGAGCCAGGCAAGCCAUUUUCUUCCUGUUCUCUUCUUACAUGUAGCAGUUGUUACAUUGUUUUCAGUGGAUUUUAAUCAUGGAAACUAUGGUAGUUCAGGAGGCUCAGAAUCUUACUUGGUUUGUAUUGAAUUACAGUCAUAAUAAUUAUUAUGUAACUGAAGGGGUAACUGGAAUAAGGCCUUAAUUAACCACAUAAUACAUUUUUCUUCUUGGCCAUUUAAGGCUGGUUUUCACUAGCAACAGAGUUGGAGAUGGGGUUGUAAUCAGAAGUGUAGAGCUUAUGAUCUUUUGAAAACAUGCUGAUAAGUGAUUGGGUUAUCCUUCUGCUUCUGCUACCCGACUCUGGCAAUCGGGUUUUCAAUAGAUCAUAAGCGGAACGUAAGCGACAGAGUCAGAAGAAAUGGAAACGUUCUGGUUCCUGUGACUCUGAUUGUGUGGUUCCAGAAAAUAUCGAUACCCCCACCACUGAAGACACUUUGAUUUGCACCCCUUAACCCCCUAGGAUUUUCUGUUCCAAUGGGGUCUUUGAUGACCCCCCUUCCCCCCAGGAAUUUCCAGAAUUUUUAAACGGGGACUUCCUCAAGGCAAAGUGGUUUUGGUUCUUAAAAAAAAAAGAAAAUGAAUACUAACUCAUUCACAAAAAUGUGGUAGAAUUUAUUACAACAGUGCAAACUUUUGUCAAGCUCAUUAUUCACGUAAGGUUUUGGCUGCUUCGCCAUCAAAUUUCCAAAUUAUGUCUGUCUUGUUUUUAUGUAACCUUAUCAGCUGAAACAUUUGGGUUGUAAAGUUAAUCGUUCUAGGCUUUUGUAAUCUUACUCCAGCGCAAGCAUUAUGAAGAGAACUAAAGUUUCACUUACUUAAACAACUUUGCAAAUGAUAGCAAAAAAACAUAGAAACUUACAAGGUCCCUUUCUGGCUGUUUAUUUGUUGACACAUUUUGUCAGUUUCUUUAGGUUGAUUCUUAUUUAAGGACCAAAAACUUCUCUAACACAUGCCAACGGGCCAGGUUUCGUGAACAUAGUCACGAUUGCAAGAAGUAAUUUUACUAGCCAGGUAGCUGGGCCUUCUGAAGAUCAAGCAAGAAAUGGAAACGAAAGUGCACUUUUUAUGAGUUUUAGUUAAAACUACUACUCCGAAUAACCACUGAUAAGACAUGAAACGUAUCAAAAAUGUGUUUUCGUUCUGCAUGUGAAGGUAGCGAAAAGUGAUGUGUACUAUAUUUUUGUUUCCUUUUAUGCCAUGAUACAACUAUCACUAUACAUUAUUUUGUAAGUGAAAAUUAUUUCUUUUAAUUUUUUAAAUGAGUUGUCGGAAUGAAUGGCUAAAAUCCACUGCUUGAUUAAAUAUGGGAAAAAUAUCUUGAAAUCAAGGGGCAAACAUUGUUGGGAAGUAAAGAAAGAAAUUCAUGAAUAUGGACAGUUUUAUUGAGGAGAAUUUCAGUAAGAGCAUUUUAACCCUUACCGUGUGUAUUAACCCUUAGACGUACAUGUACAAUGGGGGGGGGGGCUGAUUGCCAUGCCCCCUCCCAUAAGGCUUUUCUGAUUUUUUUCCUAGAAGAUAAGACAUCAGCACCUGAAGUUUUCUGUAGAUGUUCGUUUAUCCCUUGUGCACAUCUUGAGACAAGUUUAGUGGUUGUCAGUUACUAUGGUUAUGAGAUAUGACGCCAUAAGUAGCAGGUGGUCAAGCCAUUUUUGAGUGAAAAUGCAUGCUGUUUCAACUUUUUUCAGGAAUAAAAGUAAACCUGUGGACAAAAUGAUGCAAAGUAAUUAUUUAUGUGUUAUUUUACAUGUUCAGCGCCAGAAAUUAUUCAUUCUCACUGUUUUUACCUGAUUUCUAAUAAAUCCAAGAUGGUGAUUAUGAGACCUCCAGCAGCACCACCACCCAUAAAAUAUACCUCAUCUUGUAGAGAAGAUCAAAGGUGUUCCACUGAAGGCAAAAUUGUUUCAAAAUAUUGCAACUUAACAAAAACUCAAGGGGAAGGGGGGUCCAUCCCCCCCCCCUAUCCGACCCCCUUGUGCCGCGGAGGGGGUAUGGCUUUAAUUGUACGUCUGAGGGUAAGGGUACGUGUAUGUCAAAUGCAACAUAUUGGGAAAAUAGUCAGACUGUAGUUUUUACCGCAGCAACUAAUAAUACAGUAAUUAAGCUGCUUGUUAAUAUAGAGGACAACAAUUAAAAAGCCGCAAUAACUUGACUUAACGGAUGAUGACUGUCUGUAAAGUCCUGGAUUGACUGUACAAAAACUGAUCACACUAAAGAAUUUUUGCCCAUGGACUGUGAAGUAAAAGGCAUGGCUGUAUGCAAGUCUACAUUAUAUGGAUAAAAGGAUAACUUUUGCCUGUUCACAACUGACAUAUUUUUGGAAAACAGUUUUAGUUUAGAAUAAACUGAUUUACAAAUAUGACAAAAUUGAAGUCCAAGGUAAAGAUUUCACUCUUCCCUCGUGGAAAUCUUCAAUUUAUUUUAAGAAGGGAAAGCAGUGUUCAGAAUUGUGAUCUUCAGAACUUCUCAGAACAUCUUCACCAGAAAAUGUUUAGGUUGUCUCUGGAAAUCUAUGAGUUGAUGUGAUCAGGCCCUUUAAAAAAUUCUUAGUACUCUAUUCAAAUAAAUAUACAGUGAUGUACAUCGCAUUUUUGACUCUUUUGACUCCAAAGAAGUUGGUAGAUGUGAUCAGAUGUAGUCUUCAUGAUUGACUGUGGAAAUAAAUGGAUUCACAGUGAAGUGAAACCAAUUUCCUUCAAACCUAUUAUUUUGUUCUUCUUGUACUUGUACAUGGUUAGUUAUUGUGAUCAUUUUGAUGUGUCCCAUUUUCUCAACAAGAGGAAAUUUUCUUAACGUCGUAGCAGGGUCAGUGAUUGUUUAACAUGGAAGAGAGAGUUGUUAGGCCUCUUAAUUGUAAUAUGCAACUACAAUUAUAUUAUGAAGCAAGCAAGUGGCUAGCCUGUGUCGCAGACGUAAUUUAAACUCGGUUAGUAACUUCUGAGAAGAAGCGCCAAUAUCAUUGUUCUGGGCCCCCAACAGACACAAUGAAUCACCAGAAGUGCAUUUGGAAUUUCCUUUCAUUUUGAUUGGCAAAUCAAAAUGGCUUUUUUAUCAGGCCAAUCAUGCUGGUUCUCAAAUCCAGGUACACAGGUGGGGCCAGAACAAGGAUUCUGAUGCUGUUUCGUAGGUGGACUUAACCAGAGUUAAGUUUUGUGUGUGGUGCAGGCUACAUGUAGCAGGUAACAGGAACUCAAUGUUUUUUCUUCUUGUAGGUUUACAUUGCCUUAACACCUCCUGCCAUUCUCUUGGCUUCAUGGCUGACAAGUCGCGAGUGUUACCCUGACAAGGUUGUUAUUUUACUGGUCAUGUCAAGUGCAUUUGUCAUGGUGCUAUUUUGUUCAAUGGAAGAUCCUUAUGCUUAUUACAAAAUGUCUUUUACUGAUGGAGUCUUUGGCUUCAUGAUGGCUGUUUCACUGGCUUUCUUCACAGUCCAUGCAAAGAAAUGUCUAUCCCAGGUAUGUUUGUGAAUGUACUAAUUUUAUUUAUUCACAACCACAUUUUGAUUACUAUCCUGGUGGAUACGUACACUUGUACACUCUUGUUUUACGUUUUCUAUGAUUGCCACCUCCAUGAUUGAUCUCCGUUCUUAAGGUGACCAUUGUUGUGAGGAUAUGUUUGACUGUAUGAAUAUAAAGCAGUGUGUAACCUUGUGGAAAUCCUUUCACAAACUUGUUUAUAUUAUCUUAAGAGAUAAAUGCUAACUCAAAGGUCUUAAAACAUCUGACCUAUUAGCAGUACAUAUAAAACCAGUUUCAGUUUCUGAAACAGUUUUUAAAGUCCUGAAACUGAGCACUUUAUAAUUAUCUACAUGUGUAGGCGUUGAAAAGCCAGUUUAAUGCUAUAAAAAAUGCCCAAGGUUGUCGCCCAAAAUUUGCAAUUGGAUGUUAGUCAUGAACAGAGUUCUUAAAGCUUGAAAAUUUCUAUGUUUUAGAGGGUGUUUUGUAAUGCCUGUUCAUUGCCUGCGAAUGCAGAUGUGUUUCCUGUCAUUGCUUUUCUGCACCGGAAAAGUAAGCGACUAAGAGAAGCGACAGCCAGAAAUACAUCCCUGUUCACAGGGUAGCUUGUUCAUGGUCAGCAUGAGAUAUCACACCAGUAAAAUCUUGGAAAGUUUGAAAUACAGUGUGUCAGGUGCUUAGACCCAAGAAGACAUUGGGUGAACUACACAACAUCUUGGUAACACAAUCAGUCUGCCGCGAGGCAAUGUAGUUACGGUUUGUGAAAUAUACUGGAUAGGCUCGAUUUCCUCCGCUCUCUUAGUCCUGUUCUGGCGAGGAGCAUGGGCUCAUUUCCUGACCAGCGGUUGGUAAUCGAGCCUAAAGAUUUCCCUAUUAUGCAGGCUACCUUGGGGAAGGGACAAAAAAUUUAAUGAUCACGUACCGAUGCUUUAACUCUUUAUGCCUCAGCAUCCACAAUCAAAUUCUCUAGACUUACCUCUAUUCCCUUAAUUAACUAGUUGAGAAUAAUUUGAUCAGAGAUCAAAGCAUUUUUCCCUUUGGUGAUCAUUUUAGGUAUUCUCAUAACCAUUUCUUUUGUUGAUGUAUUGAUGUUUAUAAAAAAUUGAUAUUUGUCACUCUUGGGGCUUAAAGGGUUUAAAAAAGGUGGAUAACGCUGUCCACCGGAUUAAUCUCUACCCACUGGAUAGAGUAAUGAUUGGUUUCCUUGAUACUUAUCCACUGGAUAGAGAUUUAUCUUGUGGAUAGCGCUAUCCAACGUUUGCGAACCGGGGCCAACGUUCUCAGUCUGUCAACUGGCUGCCAAAUGAAGAGUUGCUGCUUAAUCGGAGGCCAGUUAACCAGACUUCAUUUGAAUGUUAUUUGUCUGAGUCAGGUUAUUCUGCCUUUGUUGUAGGCUACACUGGCGGAGCUGCUAUACCAUUUAAAUUUUAGUUGUGUUAUGUGUCUUCCCUUCAUUGCUUUACUGCUGGGUGAAUUGCGAUUGCUUGGAACAGAGCUCUUUGAAAGAGUAAAGGUCAAUCACGUUAUUGGUGUGCUUAUUCUGGUAAGUUGGUGAGGUGUGAAAAUACUGGUUACAAAAACAAUGGAAGAAGUUGUGAAAAUAUUUAUAAUUGUUUUUGAAUUAUUAUAAUCUUUAAGGCGAACUGGUUUAUAGGUAUUGCCCUGUGGCAUAGAUAUUUAAUAUUUAUUCCGUCACUCCUUGGACUAAGUUGUUGCUUGUAACAUCUCCGUACAUAUCAAAAAAUCAUUGAAAAUUUUAGCCAUUUAUAUUACAUGGAGGUACUCCUUUAAAUGAGAAAUUCUUUGUUAAAAACUCAAAUUGUUUCAAAACUUGCCCAUUCGCAUUUCGGCACCCAGCUACCCGUACUCCGCUCGUUUGGAUGAUUAAUAUUUCUUAAUGUUUUGUGAGUGAUUGUCCUUCUUUCCUCUGAGCCACCAGCAACGAGCGAAAAAGUAAAAUCAUACAAAUUCCUCCAUCGUUCUCAUGCGUGCUCUCACGUGAAAAAUAAGAGACUACUCUUCGUAGUCUAAUGUGGGAGAGACAUCGUUUUGCAGAUUUUAAACGUUUAAUGCUGGUCAACAAAAAUUCGCAAACUAUCUUACCAAGUUGACAACUGAAGGAAAGGCAAGGGCGGAACGAAACUAGAAAAGAGUUUUUUUCAGGUGCAAAAUGGUCAGUAAAGGAGAUAAUGUCCGUGCCUUGUUCCUUUUGCUUUUAGGCCCUUCUCCGUCUGGCCAGUCAGGCAUCCUGCCUUUAUCAGCUCAAAUACUCCACGGCACUCCUGAAUGCCACAUCACGAGGCUUUGCAUGGAUAUGGAUAACUCUUGCCAUCACGUUUAUGACUCCCGGUCACACUGGUGAAUUCCUUAUUCCUGUGUUUCUUUCAUUCUGGAUCUAUGGUUUCUUAACAUACCUUCCUGCGCUGUGUUCUGAUCUUCGAUGGAUAUAAAGCUUUGAUAUUGGAAAUCGUUUGCGCGCGCGUGAACAAAAAAAACGUUAUCGGUGAAUAUUCUUCGUUAAUUAAACCAAGUAGAUGAAACUAUAUACACCUCGACUGAAUAAACUUGUAUCGAAACGACCGUUCGAAAUGCAGUUCAAGGACUCUUGCUAAACCAGUUCUACUUUAGCAGGCUGCUAGAACACUCUCGAGGGUGAUCGCGAACUGCCGACAUAGCAAGUCUCUUUGCUUGCAAGUGAUAUAAUGUCGUUUGCGUCUCUCCGUUGCACAAACGCCCUAGAGGAGAGAUGCCUGCGGUACACUCACUUCCAAGAAUGUCGAUGAACAGCGAUGUCAAUUGAGAUUAAACAAAAAAAAGAACUUUUAUGGAAGAUUUGAGGGAGGAAAAUAGUUUACAAAAAAACUACUGACAUCGCCCAGAACAAAAACAAAAAAAAAUCGGAAUUGCUUAUGGCUAGUAGCGUCAGUCGAAAGAGUGUUUUACAAUGGCCGAAUUUAUACUAGAGACGAAUUAUCCUCGGACGGAUAAUCAGUUUCUAGUAUUAUACUACUACAUGAAAAAUUACUGCAAUUUGAUUGGCUUAGAGCAGUGGUAUUUCAGCUUAAUUUGAAAUACCUACAUGUGAAAAUUACAAACCUUUUGCGGGUAGUAAUAUAAACAAAUAAUAACAUGAUUUGUACGUGAUAUUUGACAUAAAUACCACUCGUGAUAUUUCAAAAUUGUCUCAAAUUUCACUCGCCUAACGGCUCGUGAAAUUAUGUAUAACAAUUUCGAAAUAUCCCUCGUGGUAUUUAUGCCAAAUAUCACUACAAAUCAUGCUAUUACCUAUACAAAUUCGGGGCUAAGACGUAUUAUGGAGCAAAAUUCUUCUGAGGCUGGUUGGUCUAUUAGCACGUCUUCAAGACGUGCCAGCAGACGGAUAAUUCGUCUUAGACGGAUUAUCCGUCUCUAAAUUUAUAUCUAGACGGAACGUAGACGGUUUUUUGACGAAGUUGCCACAAGAGAGGGACUGGUUUCUAUAUAUAUAUCUAUAUAAACAUGUAGACAAAUUAUUCGUCAAAAUUCGUCUUCGGAUUUAUACUUAGACGGAUUAUCCGCCUGACGGAUAACUCGUCUUUAGUAUAAAUUCGGCCAAUAACUGAGCGAUUUCUCGCGCGCUGAUUGGUCGAGAGCUAUGGUCGCUAAGAGUACAGACUAUGGAAAUGACGUGAUGAUGGCACAAUUUGUUUUCUCUUAGUCUCGCGCGAUUUUCCGAUCCACUUCAAGGGCAAUGGACGUCAAAAGCUGUUAAAUCAAUGUUAUUGUUAAAAACAAAUCGACAACAAUUUUCCACAUUCUGCACCCUUAUCGAUCAUAGAAAUGGCAUUUGACCACUACAUUGGUCUGAUUUAAUGGGAAUUUUCACAGGCCUGUGUUAAGAAGUUUAAAUGCUCCGGGGCUCCCCGGGGGGAUGUUGAAGUUUCGAAUCGGCUUAUGAGUAAACUUUAACACAGACUGAUAUAACAUUGAAAAUGUUAUUGAAUCUGUGUAACCUUUACCUCUUACGCCCAUCUUGCCCCUACCCUCUGGCUUUUCUGUAUUUAAUUUUUUUCUUUUUAGUGCAAAAGGGUUAUAAUAAUUAUAGUCAGUUGUUUGACUGGUGCGGAAGUGUUGAAAUUACCUAAACUGAACGUGUAAGCCAAUCUCGAGACCACUUUUCCUGAAAUCGCAUGCAGUUAGAGCUCAAAUAGCCGUAAACAAAUCAUCAACGCUCUUGUGGGGCGGUUAAAUUACUCGUGUAAACCGCGCCUUAUCCAUUAUGACAACAAAAUAGCUUUGUGUUUUUGUGACGGGGCCUGUAUGUAGACCUGAGCAGUCCGCCAUCUUUGGUUCUUCCUUUUUCACAAAACACAGAUUUUCAGGGUGUCAAGAUUCUGAUGGACCAAGGUUGAAGAGCUGAGCCUAAAGUUGCCUGUCAAUAUCUCUCUAGGUAGAUACACUUCGCCUUUUGUCUAAACGGCUAAUAUACAUGUGCAUGCUGAUAGGUAUCAAUAACAAGAGUUAGUUUUUAGUUUGAUACUGUAUGCAUAAAUUAUCUGAUCUUUUGACAGCUCUAGAACGACCCAGCCCGCCUUGCCAAAAGGCGAGUCGGGAAUGAUGGGAUCAUUAAAAUGUUCAGUCUUUCGAAGAUGGCAGCCAAUCCGGUCUCGUGCAAUGUCUUCGUUAAGAAUUGUUAGGCUGGGCUUUUUAUCAGCAGUAACUAAUCGGAACUAAAAACUGAUUAUUUGAAUUAAAGUUGAAUUUAUUUAUGAGUUAAUUUACAAAGUAUUAUUUAUACUGAUUGCUAAAUUGUCAUUAUUAGGUCCUAGUCUCGAAACACUUAAUCGCACAACUGAUUUGUAUUAUGAUGGCAGCGUGACGUGUCUGUCUAUGCUAGUUAGUUGCACGCGUGGCAGUGACCAACUCGAAAGCCUAAGCUGCUUUGGUCACUGCGCACUUUUCACCUUUGGUGACGUGUAAUUUGUUGUUUUAUUUUUCCUUGUUUUG